AUGAGCAAAGACUCCUCCGCAACGCAUCUACACAUGCACCACCCCCGUCUAGCAGACUUCUUCGAAGAGUUCACGCGUCCACAUACCUCUACCGCCGCGUCAUCAAAUAACCCUCAAUUCAGCCCUCAUACUGGUUCCCAGUCUGCUGCAAACCCAGGCGCUACAUAUGGUUCCUCUUCACCUUCAACAAUCCCCUCUUUCCUUCCUAUCGAAGAUAUCUACGUUCAACCACAGUACCAGCCUCCAAACCCAGAAGACGAGGAUGAUGUCGUACCAGAUCAACAUGCUGCGUUCGGUAUCACGCGCGCAAUGGAGCGCCGUCGCGAUCCGGUCUGGCGCGAUCUAGGACUCGAGGCACUGGUCAAUGGGCAAGGACAUGGUGGACACGCUCUUGCGGUUAAUGCUGGGGCUGGGGGUACUGCUGGAGGUACAACUGCGGGGGGGUUCAGGACCCGGCGCUACUUUACGAGGAACUGGUGGGGGUGCGGCAGCUGUUGGGUCGGCCGCGAUUCGAGUUCGGAGUUCGGGACGGAGGAUGGGUGGAAGGAGAGUGGUUUGCUUGCGAUGAAGAUUGGAUACCUGAGCCUUCGAUCUUUGACGCAACUCUCUUUUUAUUGA